AUGGAAGGAACGGACGUCCAUAAAGGGGUGGGUACGACGACGAAGAGGAAGAAGAGAGUGACAGGAGCUCCCUCUCAUGCGAAUCGCAACACCGUUACCGGCGAAACAGAGGCUGAGUUGAAGCUCCAUGAAAGCCAGGACCUAGCUGAGUUGAUGGACAGAUCCCUAUUGAUUGAGGAGAAAAAUGAAGUAGUCACAAAGAAGGGUAGCUUGUGGAAAGAUAGAGGAGGCACUUUCAGACUAAAGGAUCCUGCAGAGGCUGGAGGAUCUAAGAAGGAAAGUGAAAUAAAUCAAGGAGGAGGUGACAAGGGAAAGGGUAGGAGGUUGGAUCCUGCAGAGUUGGAGGAAAGAAGCGAGAAAGGGCUUUGUUUCAAAUGUGGAGACAAGUGGAACAGGGAACAUGUUUGUAAAUUCAAACAUAUGAGUCUGAAAUUAUGUGAAGAUAGUAGUGGGGAAGAGUCAGAAGAGGAGCUGUUAGGGGAAACUCAAUUGACAGUAGAAGAGAAGGUAGAGGAACUGCAAACCUUGCAACUGUCUAUGCAGAGUAGGGAUGGCUUUACCUCUAACAAGUCUUUCAAAGUGUGGGUGGAAGUGAAGGGGAAGAAGCUGCUAACUUUAAUAGAUUCAGGUGCUACCAGCAAUUUUAUUGAUUCAAAAGUAGCAGCAGAGAUAGAUGUAAGAAUGGUGGAGACUCCUACUUAUGUGAUUGAAGUAGGAAAUGGAGAAAAGGUGAGAAAUCAAGGAGUGUGUGAAGUGCUGGAAUUCAAUGUGCAGGGAGUGAAUUUCAGUCAGCAUUUUUUCAUGAUGGAGUUAGGAGGUACUGAAUUGGUGUUAGGCAUGGAUUCGCUAGCUAGUCCGGGGAAGAUUGAGGCCAAUUUUGGAGAGUUGAGUUUGAAAUGGGGGAAGAUGGAUCAGACCUAUGAAAUCAAGGAAGAUCCUGCCUUAUGUGUAAGACAAUCUACUUGGAAGGCUAUGGUAAAAAAUUUAAUGGAUGAGGGUGUUGGGUUCUAUGUGCAAUCCAUGGAAUUGGGAGCAGAAAGUGAAACAGGGGGCCAGGAAGAAUGGGAGGAAUUAUUAAAGCCUUAUGAGGUGUUGUUUAAUUUACCAUCAGGUUUGCCACCUAUGAGAGCCCAUGACCAUGCUAUUAGAUUGAAACCUGAUGCUGCCAUUCCAAAUUUGAGACCAUACAGGUAUCCAUUCUAUCAAAAGAAUGAAAUUGAGAGGAUAGUAAAGGAUAUGCUACAAGCUGGAAUUGUGAGGCACAAAACUAGUCCCUUUUCAAGCCCUGUGUUACUAGUAAAGAAAAAAUGGAGGAUGGAGGUUCUGCACUGA